AUGAAGGCCAGGAAGCGCCAAAAAAUGAGUGAGCCCUCGGCGAAGCCAACGAAACCAGUACCCAAAAAGCGCAACGCCGAUGUCAACAGCCUGGCAUGGAGGCAAGUGUCUUUGCCGGAUCGUAUGGUAGAUGUCGAGGGCUUGAAUGGUGGCCUCGAAGAAAUCGAUGACGUGGAAGUAAUCCGAGUCGGUGACAAAAUCACUUUCCAUGCCAAGUCAGACGCUGCGAUCGCAACACCCCAGGAAACUGAUUUGGGCGGUGACGACGGCGCGUCGUGGUCUGGAUUCGACGAUGAGCCUGCUGAAACUACAAUCACGGACUCUGCAACUGAGAAGCAGCAGAAGGUACCCAAGACGAAAGCAAAGGCAAAAGCAAAACCCAAGAAACCCGUCAAGGGAGUGAAAGCGCAAGCAACGGCCCCMGGCGUAUUCGAUGCAUUAGCAAAAGAGGAUUCCGAAUCCGUCACUGAUGUGUCUGCAUGGAAGCCGCUGAAGUUAUCCCCGGAUACCAUGGCAGCGUUGCUCGCAAUGAAGUUUCCAAAACCCACUCCGAUUCAACAGUCAGUCAUCCCAGAAGUCUUAGCGGGCCACGAUGUCAUAGGAAAGGCAUCUACGGGAUCUGGUAAAACUCUUGCAUUCGGUAUCCCAAUCUUGGAACGUUUCCUAGAGGCUCCCACGGAUGGUGGAGGUAAACGCGUCAAGAAGGCACCGUUGGCGUUGGUGCUUUCGCCGACCAGAGAACUUGCUCGCCAGCUGGACGACCAUCUUGCAUCGCUGUUCUCGGGAUGUAUUUCUAGAAAGCCAUGGAUAGCGACAUUGACCGGAGGACUGUCCAUGCAAAAGCAGCAGCGUCUUUUGAAAGAUGCAGACGUCGUAAUUGCCACUCCGGGACGUUUGUGGGAUAUCAUCAGCUCCGGGAAGGGAGUUGCCGAUGCUCUCAAGCAAAUUGACUUUCUUGUUCUGGACGAAGCUGAUCGCCUAUUAAGUGAAGGGCAGUUCAAGGAGUUGGAAGAAAUCUUGAACGCUUUAGACAGAGUGGAUGACAACGGCGAAGACGAGCCGAGUGCAGAGGAGGAUGUUGAUGGACACGUAUCACCGGAUGUGACAGAGCGGCAGACUUUGGUAUUCUCGGCCACAUUCGAUCGUGGGCUGGGAAAGAAACUAGUUGGAAAGGUCAAUCGCAAAAAGAAUCUUGGAGGGGACAAAGAGUCUGUGGAAUAUCUGCUCUCAAAACUCAAUUUCCGCGAAGAGGCUCCUAAAUUCAUCGACGUCAACCCGGUCAACCAGAUGGCGACAGGAUUAAAGGAGGGGCUGAUCGAGUGUGGCGGAACUGAAAAAGAUCUUUACCUCUACGCAUUACUCCUCCUCAACCCAACAAGCAGGGCGAUUGUCUUUACAAAUUCGAUCGCGGCCGUGCGCCGAAUCACCCCAUUACUACAAAACCUCGAGGUGAAUGCAGUUGGUCUUCAUUCUGGAAUGGCGCAAAAAGCUCGCAUGCGAUCAUUGGAACGCUUCAGCAAAGUCUCUGAGAGCGGUAAAGGCUCACCGUGUGUGCUCAUUACAACUGACGUGGCGGAGCGUGGUCUUGACAUCAAAAACGUCGACUUGGUAGUACACUAUCAUCUUCCGAGGAAAGCCAAUGGCUACAUUCACCGGUCUGGUCGAACAGCGAGAGCCGGGAAAGUGGGUUCCUCGAUUCUCAUCUGUGCUCCGGAGGAGGUUGCUGGUACUAGACGAUUGGUCGCCGAAGUGCACGCUAAGGCUGCCAUGGGUAAAGAUACGUCCGAUGCGAAGAAACAGGGGCACUUCAUUCGUACGCUGGACAUCGACCGCCGCGUGGUCUCAAAACUAAAGGAGAGGGCGACACUGGCAAAGAAGUUGGCUGAUGCUGAGAUUGCUAAAGCCACACACCACAAAGAGGACGACUUUAUGCGCAAAGCUGCAGAGGAACUGGGUGUGGAUUACGACAGUGAGGAGUUUGAGAAGGAGGCAACUGGAAAGCGAGGCCGUGGAGGAGGCCGCAAGAAGAAGGAGCGAGAAGCGCGUGAGCUCACAAAGGCUGAACUCGGCGCGAUGAGAGCGGAGCUCAAGGAUAUGCUCAGGCAGCGGGUCAAUGUUGGUGUUAGUGAACGAUACCUCACAGCAGGUCACGUCGACAUUGAUGAGCUGCUUCGACAGCAAGAUGCGGGAGCUGGGAAGAGUGGGGAGUUCUUGGGGACUGUUGGUCAUUUGGGGUUGGAAGAUCUCUGA